GCGUUGUUCGAAAGAUCGAAUUUAUCGAUCGAGAGCGAGGAAAAGAGGAGAGAAGCGGUUGCCUCGCGUUCUCAUUAACUUAUUCUAAUUCAGCCGGUUGGGCAGCUGCUCGAUUCCUUCCCGUUCGCUUGAAUUCGUCCGGCUCCUUGGAUCUUGGAACGGGAGUCGGAGUUGUUCUUCAUCAAACCAUCUUCGGCGUCGUGCUUUCCCCUCCGUUCGCCGCCGCCGUAAUUCGUCCCACGGCUGAUGCACUGGCGACGAAUGGUACCGGAGGUCGCCGGUGCCGCCUCAUACUAUUGCUUAUCAGGGUCUCAAUGGAUUAAGCAAAUAUGUUGUUAACAGCCUUUAUUCCACUAAGUAUUGGGAUUUAAGAAUAUUGUAUCGUCAGCAAAAGUCCCGUGCUCCUUCAUCUCCAAUGGUUUUUAUUGUUAUGAUUGGCACUUGAAUGUUUCCAGCUUGUUGUACCGAAAGGCAGGAAGAUGACUGCUCAUGCUCAUUUGUCUGGGCAGAUUUCCACCCAGAUGUCUACCCAAGUUAGCACACAAGUGUCUGUCCCAUCCCAGCAGCUUGGAAGUUACAUGAUGCCUCAGAUGCAGAGUCUUGGACCAAGACCCAUGGAUUCUGAACUUCAGAAUGUUCGCUCUAGCAUGCGGCAGAAGAUCUACAAAAUUCUUCAAAGAAGAACUCAAGCACUUUCUGAAGAAUGGGUACGUAGGCUACCAGAAGUUGUUAGGCGUUUGGAGGAACGUAUCUUCAAGGAUUCUACAAGGGAUGUUUAUUUGAAUUUAGCUCUGGAACCAGUUGAACACCAUUUAUUCUCUGUAAUAAAGAAUGUUCUCAACAACAAUCGGCCCUUAUCACAUCAUAUCACAUCUUCCGCUAGUAGUACAACGAGUCCAACUCCUGGUACAUUGAACAAUGGCAGCACUAAUGCUGCAACUUCAGUUCAAUUAGAGAACCCUACAAUUACUGCCACCGGCACUAUUGUUUCAACUCAGACCACAGCAAACAUGGGAAACUUAAUAUCAACUACAAUUGGUCCAACUGAUGCUGGAAAUAACGCUUCCCUCAAUACCUCAGAUGGAACUGUUUCUAAUGGUUACCAGCACCAAGCUGCCAAUUUUGGUCUUGGUUCAUGCACAAGUAGUGUAAUGUCAUCAACAAGCAUACAAAGACAAUUUAGUCAAAUGAUACCAACUCCUGCAAUUGAUAAUCAAAAGGCAGUAUCUGCAAACUAUGAGUUUUCUGAUGGAGCUGGAUUUAAUAGCACUGAGUCUACAGUGGCUCUUCGGUCAUUCCAACAAAAGAAAUUUUUUGCGAGUCAAAGCAGCCAUAUAUUGCAUAGUCUUGGUGCUCAAAUUGGUGCUGAAAUGAGGUCCAAUGUUCUGCACAAGAGUUCCCCUUAUGGGUUCUCAAAUGGACUUGUAAAUGGUGCAUUAGGAUUAAUUGGGAACAACAUGCAACUAAGUCGGCCUGCAGCAUCUGAGAGUUUCCUGAGCCCAAAUAUUUAUGCUAGUUCUCCAAAGCCUCUGCAGCAGAACAUUGAGCGGCAACAUCACCAUUCAAGGAUGCCAACAUCAUUAUCGCAACAAAUAUCACCUAUGAUUACUGAUGAUUAUACAGUGAAGACGACUGAUGAGAUCCUUCAUAGAUCUGAUUCAUCUGGUUUGUCUGUUAUGAACAACAUGAAUUCUGUAAGUUUGCAUCUACAGUCAAGAGCAAACUCAGGGUUGCUAAAUCAUCAUGCAAGUUUACAGUCUAUGCAACUUCCUCUGAACACAAGACCUCAGUUGCUUGAUCAUUCAGAGAAAACGAAUUACCGGUCAUCCCAAUCUACCACGGAGCUUCUGCUUCAAUCACAACAGCAUUUGCAGCAAUCUCCACAGCAGCCUAAUCAAGCUUAUGCACAGUUUGUUCAUAACCAGCUCCAACUACCACAGAGACAUCAGCAAAGCAUGCAGAACCAACAACUAACACUAAAGAAUGGUCCUUUGAGAAAGUCUUCAAUGACUUCAAAUGUUGGUGAGCAGCUAGUGGCUGCUCAUGCGAAUGUGGCCUGUUCUGAAUCUUUGAGUCUGUCAGCAGCUCAACAGGUCCAAUCUUCAGAAUUACAGACUCGACACCGGCCAAAUACUUUUGCUGAAGGUCAUUCUAAAAGUGCUCAAUUUCUUGGUUACUUGCCCAGCUGUCAAGAUUUUCAAGUUUCUGUCUCAGAGGACUCGCAGCAGUUGUUGCAUCCACACCUACAGUCUGAUGGUGUUUUGGAUAACUUUGGAUGGAUAUCUAGUGGAUCGCAAGCAGAACUCAUGCAGUUUCAGUGGCAUCCUCAAUCAUUACAGAGAGCGCAAAUGCCAGAUAAACCAUCAUGCCAACUUCAGGAGGAGCUUCAUCAAAGAAGAACAGGUCAAGAUAAAGCUCCGCAAUCUCAUCUCUCUGCUAGAGAAGUGAAUUAUAGACGUGACAAAUCUAUGAGGCAACAUAAUUAUUUGAAACAAAUGAGGUGGCUAUUGUUUCUGCAUCAUGCUCGCAGGUGUCCAUCAAUAAAGGGACUGUGUAAAGAAGCUAACUGCACAAAAGCUCAGGAGCUAGUUGUGCAUAUGGAUAUCUGUAACAGUGAGCAGUGUAAGUUUCCACGUUGUUUCCAAUCUAGGAAACUUGUCGAGCAUAUCCGUAAUUGCCAAGCAGCUGAUUGUCCUGUCUGCAUUCCAGUACGUGAUCGUAUAGCAGCAAACUAUAAGGCACAUGCUUGUGCUUUGUCUGAUACUGUUUUGAUGAGUGAAAUAAAAAUAUGUGCUAAUGGAAUAAAAACAGAUACAAUUCCUCCUGAAUAUUCCAAGGACAGUCAGCCUGCAUCUAAGCGCGUGAAGAUUCAAAAUAUAUCUCUUUUUCCUAAUAGUGAAGCUUUGCAAGUCUGUGUUCCUUCUGGGAAUGAGCAAUAUGAUUUCCAGGAGGCACAGGCCCCAGAGUGCAAACAAACCAUUGUGAAGAUAUCUGCUAAUUCUGAGGUCAUUGUUAAAAUGGAAGAACCUUCUGGUCCUGGACAAGAAAAAUUACCAAUUUUUGGCAGUGAUAUCAAUGAGAAUAUGAGUUUUACGAGCUGUGAAAAGGACAACAGUGUUUCUAACCCUGUCAACUCUCAUGUCAAGCAGGAAACUAUGGUAGUUGAUAUGCUGUUGGAUCAGGUUGCCUCUGGAGUCAAGCAGAAUCCAGAUAACCAAUCAACAGACCAAGUAACUGUAAGUAAAUCAGGGAAGCCAAAGAUCAAAGGAGUCUCGUUGAUUGAAUUGUUCACUCCGGAACAAAUUAAGGAGCAUAUAAUUGGUCUGAGGCAAUGGAUUGGUCAGAGUAAGGCCAAAGCUGAAAGGAAUCAAGCAAUGGAGCGCUUGAUGACUGAGAACUCGUGCCAGCUUUGUGCAGUGGAAAAACUCAUUUUUGAGCCCCCUCCAAUAUAUUGUUCUCGAUGUGGUGCUCGAAUAAAGCGAAAUGCAUUUUAUUAUACAAUUGGAAGUGGUGAAACCCGUCUCUACGUUUGUACACCAUGCUAUAAUGAGGCUCGAGGUGACACUAUAGAAGCUGAAGGAUCUACAUUCUUAAAGACAAAGCUUGAGAAGAAGAGAAAUGAUGAGGAAACUGAAGAAUGGUGGGUGCAAUGUGAUAAAUGUGAAACUUGGCAACAUCAAAUAUGUGCUCUAUUUAAUGGUCGAAGAAAUGAUGGAGAAGCCGAAUACACUUGCCCUAGUUGCUACAUGCAGGAGAUAGAAAGUGGUGAACGCAAGCCCUUGCCCCAGAGUGCUGUUCUUGGUGCAAAAGAUUUGCCAAGAACUUUUCUCAGUGAUCACAUAGAACAACGGCUUUUUAAACGGCUUAAGCAGGAGAGGCAAGAGAGAUCCAGGCAUCUUGGGAAAACUUUUGAUGAGGUGCCAUCAGCUGAAGGGCUUGUAGUUAGGGUUGUAUCAUCUGUUGACAAAAAAUUGGAAGUAAAGCAGCAAUUUCUCGAGAUAUUUGAGGAGGAAAAUUACCCUAAAGAGUUUCCCUAUAAAUCCAAGGCUAUAUUGUUGUUUCAGAAGAUAGAAGGUGUAGAAGUAUGCCUAUUUGGGAUGUAUGUUCAAGAAUUUAGUUCAGAAUGCUCUUUCCCUAACCAACGGCGUGUCUAUCUUUCAUAUUUAGAUUCCGUCAAGUACUUCAGGCCUGAAAUCAAAACAGUGACUGGGGAAGCUUUACGGACUUUUGUUUAUCAUGAAAUUCUGAUUGGAUAUCUUGAAUAUUGCAAGAAACGGGGGUUCACCAGUUGUUACAUUUGGGCUUGCCCUCCUUUGAAGGGUGAAGACUACAUACUGUACUGCCACCCUGAGAUUCAGAAGACCCCAAAAUCUGACAAACUCAGGGAAUGGUACUUAACUAUGCUUCGAAAAGCUGCUAAGGAGAAUAUUGCAGUUGACCUGACUAACUUGUAUGAUCAUUUCUUUGUAACUAUGGGGGAGAGCAAGGCUAAAGUAACCGCAGCUCGUUUGCCAUAUUUUGAUGGAGAUUAUUGGCCUGGUGCAGCUGAGGAUAUGAUUACCCAACUUCGCCACGAGGAAGAUUGUAGAAAACAACUAAAGAAAGGAAAAACGAAAAAGACUAUUAUGAAAAGGGCUUUAAAAGCUGUUGGUCAAACUGAUCUUUCUGGAAACGCUUCUAAGGAUGCAUUGUUGAUGCAAAAACUUGGUGAAACCAUAUGCCCUAUGAAGGAAGAUUUUAUAAUGGUCCAUUUGCAGUAUGCUUGCACCCAUUGUUGCAUACUUAUGGUAUCUGGGACACGAUGGGUCUGCAGUAAAUGCAAUAACUUUCAACUUUGUAACAAGUGCCACGAAGCAGAACAAAGAGUUGAUGAAAGGGAUAGACAUCCUACUAAUAGUAGGGAAAAGCAUACUCUGUAUCCAGUUGAAAUAAAUGAUGUCGCUCAGGAUACAAAAGACAAAGAUGAUAUCUUAGAAAGUGAAUUUUUUGACACCAGGCAGGCAUUUCUGAGUCUUUGUCAAGGAAACCAUUAUCAAUAUGAUACUCUUCGCCGUGCUAAGCAUUCAUCAAUGAUGGUUUUAUAUCACCUCCAUAAUCCUACUGCGCCUGCAUUUGUGACCACAUGCCUUGUCUGCCAUCAUGAUAUUGAAUCUGGUCACGGCUGGCGUUGUGAAAUUUGUCCGGAUUUUGAUGUAUGCAAUGCUUGUUAUCAAAAAGGUGGUAUCGAUCAUCCUCAUAUGUUGACUAAUCAUCCAUCGAUGGUUGAUCAUGAUGCACAAAACAAAGAAGCUCGGGCAAAACGAGUCUUACAGCUUAGGAAAAUGCUAGAUCUUUUGGUCCAUGCUUCGCAAUGUCGCUCUCCUCAAUGUCAAUAUCCUAACUGCCGUAAAGUUAAAGGUCUUUUCCGGCAUGGUAUACAAUGCAAGAUACGUGCUUCAGGCGGUUGUGUUCUGUGUAAAAAGAUGUGGUAUCUCCUUCAAAUACACUCUCGUGCUUGUAAAGAAUCAGACUGCGGUGUACCGCGAUGCAGAGAUCUGAAAGAACAUUUGAGAAGGUUGCAGCAGCAAUCUGAUUCCCGGCGGAGGGCUGCAGUCAUGGAGAUGAUGAGACAGCGUGCUGCUGAGGUUUCUGCGAAUACCAAUUAGCAAAAUGUACAGAAAGGGUAUUGUUAGCCAAGGAUUGACGGGAGACUAGCCUCCACACACCACAUAUUCAUACUAUUUGAAUACACAGCCAACGGUGGUUUAACAGAUCAAAAUGAGGUUGAUGAAUCAGUGGUAUGACAUGACCCAAUUGAUAGAACAGGAAAGUGGACUUCCACCUGUUGUGUCACUGCGACAGAAAGUUCAUCUGCGAGACCAUAACCGUGCCCUUCCGACCUGUGAAGGUAAACCAGCUGGAGGCGGUUCUUCUAUUCUCAUGCAGUAAAGUUCAUCAUUCGUGGAUGAUAAUUGUAUUAUAGAUGUUUUGAUUCAUCCAUUCUUAGUUUCCAAUCAGUUUCUUUACUCCUUGUGUCUUUAGCUGGAGGGAGUUGGGGAAGAGCGGGGUUGCACGACCAAUGUGCUUUUAUUUACCCUGUCCAUUUUGUAGAAUGUUGCUCCUUGAAAAUGAAACUAGUAGGAAGCUCUUUGCCAACUUUUACCUUUUGUCCCAAAAAA